GCAAAAAGCACGCACACACGCUAUAAAAGUGGAAUUCAGUGGAUGAGCUUGUCAUUAGCUCUUCGACAUUACGCAUACGCAGCGUGUGCUGCAGGUUCUAUGCGGUUAUCCACCCGAAAUUGCGUAAUUCUCUGUUUAAUAGUCAGCUCUUCACUCAGUUUCUCUGAAUUCGUUUUGGGGUCAUCUUGCAAUUUUAGCGUAACGAAAAAAUCGUGUUAAAAAUAAAAUCACAUAAAUUUAGAAACACGAAUUUUACAAAAUCUAAGAAAAACCGAAAGUGUUUUCGUUCCGCCCCAUCCAUUUAGUAACCCCCACGACUAUAGUGUGUGUGCGUUUGUCGAAUGAAGCUAAAAAUAGCGAAAACAAAAAAGCCAAGUUAAUAUAGUUCAAACUGCCUGUAACGAAUUUUUCGGCUUACAAAAAGAAAGUUGUUUAAAAAAGUGUUUGAGCAGAAGUAAUUGGAUUUUAAUAAACACACCGAGAAAUUCUGAGCAAUAUAAACAUUAAAAAGAAUUCCUAGAAUUUGUUUUAACUGUAUACAAUUCAUGGGAAUAGCUUUAAAAUUGUAAACAAUGUGUGGGGAUGUUACCACAAAUUGUUGAUAUAAAAUUACCCUUAAACAUUUGCAAUUCAACUGGCAUUUAAGCCGUGAAUGUACGAAAAUUAUUUAAUGUUUGGUCGACAGUAAGAACUAUCAAAACGGCUUCUCGAUAUUUUUAGCCGGAAUAUAAAUUUCGUGUGUGACGUAUAUGCAAAUAUAUGUAUAUACAUAGGUAUACAGUGCGUGAGUGUAUUUAUGUGAAGAUAUCGAUGGCACCUUGAUCCACAAUAUAACCACAGUCAAAAUGUGUUUAUGCCACGACCGCAAAACUAGUGCUUAGGAAGUCAUGAGCACGCCCACGCCCACUCCGGGGUCGGUUCAGGGCCAGCAAGUUCCACUGCCCCAUGAACUGACCGCCGAGUGGACCGUGCGAGCACAUCUAACUUUUGCCCGAGCCGGAGAGACAGUGCAAAAGGAGUUCAGUGCUCCGGACACUGUGCAGCCGGUGCGAGUGGUCUACAAAUGGUGUACGCCCUGCGAGGAACCAGAAGCAGAACAGGAUGUGGACAAGACAGCGGCUACUGCGGGAACUAGCUUCCGUUCCACAAACUCCUCGGCCACCACCAAUGCGGACUCGGCAUUUGGCAGUCCCCACGCUUCCAGGGCUCUAAGCAAACCAUCUCUACCCACUGAUUCCGCUCCUCCUCUUGGAGCCACUGCCCAAGUGUGUGGAACCCGCUGCCGGAGCACCUGCAACAUUGUGGUGUCCGCUGUGGCCGAUUUCUUGCCUCAAGAAGCGGGAGCCGGGUCAGUGAAUGAGCCCUUUGUGUACCACAGCAAAGUGCGAGCACAGCAGCUAAAGGACGCCUUCUCGCAAACAAGCGACACGGAGGAGCAGCCAGCAAAGCGACGUCCAGCUUAUGAGCAUCGAAGGGCUACCACCGAAGCGCUGAUGAGUUUCGCCAGCAAGCGACAAGUCGAGGAGGCUAACACCUAUGUGCCCACCUAUUCGCCCACGCCCACGACACCAUCGUCUACAUUUAAAUCGGCCUCGAUGUCGAGAAUUCCACCGCUCGCUGGCAACAUAAGCCAAGGAACAGCUCCUAAAAUACCCAACUUGGGCGAGAAGAAACCCCGCACUGUCCACAUCGAUGUCUACUGCACCGGCUCAGAGGGAGAUGAGGAGGAGGAAGCUGAUGAUGAGAGGCACGCAGAUGAAGAGCCCUCUAGCUCCUCCGACUCCGAGCUGGCUGGUAGCAAGCGAUACGAACUGGACUCGAAUUCCACCCCUCAAACCGUGCUGGACAAUGAGCAGAUGCUACUGCGCCAUCAAAGAAUCUCUGGGGGAGCUAUGCCCAGGCGUUUGGCUCAGAAUCAGGCGAAAAAUAAAGGGGAAAACCAGCAGCAAGGCAAUCUUAAUUUGGGUCAUGCCAUUACAAAGUGCAGCACAGCCGAGGAAGUGUGCGAGUCCAAGCAGUUGCUGUUCCGCAAACACAUUGGUGAUCAGCGUGCAGCCAAGUUGGCCAAUCUACGUCAGAAAUACAUGCGCCAGCCCAGCGAUGAGACGAUCAGCAGCACAUACCCCAACUCCUCGCGGUCUACGAUGCCCAGGGAUGCCACCUGCAGCAGCAUUUCCAGCGCCGUGGGAGGAACGGAUUGUGUAGAUUCAUCCUGGAAGGAUACAGACGAUCUAGAUACACCAAUAGCAUCUUUUGGAUUGACCAAAUCCGACAGCUUUGACUAUGAGAACUCUCUUGAUCGCCUGCGGAUAAGCCAGAUGGAGCGCCUUUGGUCCCGUCAGCACUCCUUGGACCAGAGCCACGCACAAACCCACCUGGGAGCACCAUCCCCUCAUGCUCUGCAAACAAUCACGGAGGUGCAGUCCCAACGAAGUUCCUUUCAGCGAAGCGAUACCAUCCCCUCGGAAUCGGAUGGCUUCUCGGAUGCCAAUGGAUUCAAUACCUAUCCGGGAAGGCAGUCGCAGUUGCAGCAGAUCUCGCAUUUUCCUCGUAAUCGGCCAGGUUUCCUGCAGUUCUUUGGACCCUCCGGUGGGCCCGGAGUUGCGGCACAACCCACUCCGCCAGCCACAGCACCUGUUCAACCCGCUGCGUCUGCUACUACGGAUCCGUUCCGACUUCUCCAUCCGAGUUUUCGAUGGAAGAGCGAAGCCCGCGAUAACCUGAGCGUACAGGUUGCUCCCGGAUCACCAUCUUCCGAGCGUAGUUCCCCCCAACUCCUGUCGGCUGCGACCACAGUGGUGCGUUGCGGUAGUGAGGCGCCGCCAAGCACCACCUCCGCUAGUACUUUUGGGACCACAGUGACGCCUUCGCCACUUCCAGUGCGCCGUUUUGAAAUCUCACGCGACAGUCCAAGCCUCGCAAGUGAAGCAUCCACUUCCGUUUCCGGGUACACCCACGAACAUUUGGAGAAAGCUCGUCGCUUCGGCAACGUGGUGGCCAUGAGAAAACCUGGCCAUCAUGUAGGACCCACCAAGAAUCCGAAUUGUCAAUGCGAAAGCUGUCAACGUUGGCUGGCUGAGAGGUUUCAGCUUCGCGGAAGAGCCUUCUCUCUAGGCGAGAAGCCCUUACUAAGACGUCCACAGCAAUAAACAAAAAUACUGAUCAGUUCGAGCAUACUUUUCUUUGUCUUAGGCUUGCAUUUAACACAUUGCUUUUCAGAUUGAUACGCCCCUAUUAACCCAAUACCUAAAUCCGAAUCUAAAUCCAACUUUAUUUCCGAUUAGUUGUAAGCCAUGUAAGCGAAUGUUCCUCACGCAAAACAAAACUUGUGCGCUGAAUCAAUUUAAUGUUGUAAUAAAAUAAAGCAAUAGUUUUAACUAGAAAUGCAUCUU